AUGGCUCCGGUACGGUCGCGUUUGACGUUGAAAAAUAAAAUCGACAUAAUAAAAUGUUAUGAUGCAAAAAAACAAAGUGUUCGUGAAUUAGCGACUCAAUUUAAAGUUGGUAAAACUCAAAUUGGAACCAUACUCAAGACCCGGGUAGAUCUAUUGCGUAAAUGGUGUGAUGAAAACGUGAAUGGAGAGACAAAAAAGAAUUUUAUUGAAGAUGAAACUGGCUUAUUUUUUCGUGCUUUACCCAAUAAAACAAUGUGUCUCAAAGGUGAGAACUGCAGUGGUGGAAAAAUAAGUAAAGAACGAAUUACAGUUAUGUUGUGUGUUAAUAUGGAAGGCAAUUUUGAAACACCUUUGGUGAUUGGAAAGGCGUUAAAACCCCGGUGUUUUAAGAACAUAAUCGUCAACGAUCUUGGAGUAACGUGGAAGGCUAAUCGUAAAGCUUGGAUGACACAAGAAUUAAUGAAAGAAUGGUUAUCGAAUUUCGAUAGAAAAAUGCAAGGCCGGAAGGUUAUCCUUUUUCUUGAUAAUGCGACUAGUCAUCCUCAUUUGAAUUUACAGAAUGUGAAACUCGCAUUCUUUCCACCAAAUGUAACUUCAACUUGCCAACCUCUUGACCUAGGCAUUAUAAAAAAUUUCAAAACUCAUUACCGCAUAAAUCUUUUAAAACACGUAAUUUCGUCUAUAGAUAACGAAAAUAUAAAAAAACCAAAUGUGACAGUUCUUGAGGCAGUUAUGUGA